AACUAAAACCCCUCACCAUUUCUCCCCUUCCAAUUUCUAAUACCACGUCUCCUUCUUUUGUCUUUGGGGAUACCGAAUUAUCGUCAACAGUAACCUUAAAUCUUCAGCUAUGGCCGCAAGAAUUCUUGCGAACUUGAUUGUUAUGGGCUCUGGGAUAUUGGGAAGGGCUCUAUUUCAGGCAUACCGUCAGGCUCUUACAAAUGCCUCGAAAUCUGGUGUUGCUCAAGAAACAAUGCAGAACAUCAGGAGAGGAAGCAAAAUUAUGGCUGAACCAGAGGCAAGGCAGAUUUUAGGCGUGGCAGAGCAUUCAUCAUGGGAGGAAGUCUUGAAGAAAUACGACAACUUAUUCGAGCAGAAUGCUAAGAACGGGAGCUUUUACCUUCAGUCAAAGGUUCAUCGAGCUAAAGAAUGUUUAGAAGCAGUUAACCAAAAGGAAGCUCAGGGAACUCCAGAUGUAUAAUUUGGUGGAACGUGUAAGACCCGCACCGAUCAAUCAAUUCCUUUAAUUGAAAAUCCUUUUGAAUCUCCAUGAGCUCAUAGAAAUACUGCUUGUGUUAACACUAUCUAUAGCUACCAUUUACUAUAAUCCAAUUAAAUCAAAUUAUACCUAUAACUUUGAACUCCAUGGAAGUCAGAUUGGCAGUGUGCUGAGUUUAUUUCAUGACAGCUGUAUGUGGAGAAAAAUAUGCUGAUGGCACAUGAUGAACAUGCUCUACAAUAUUCCCUACAUAACAUUUACUUUUAAUAAUAAUUCUAGCACUGUUUCUGU